UCCCUGCUACCCCAGGACCCUGAAACAGGGACCCUGGACAGUGCUGACCCCUGGGACGCCAGGAGUGCCAAAGUGGGGAGCACAGAGAAGGGGAACCUGCGGGAUUGCCAGGAGCCCCAGCAGCCCAGAGAGAGGGAACACCAACACAAACUUGACCCGCAGCCACCCAGACUGGGGGGGCGUCCAGGAGCCCAAAGUGGAGCGACCAGAGAGGGGAAAGCCAGGGCUGGGUGUUUUUGCUGCAUCUUGGUCAUGAUUUCUCAUUCCCAAAUCCUGGCUGGAUGGAGGAGGAAGCUGUGAGGAAGAGGAAGGAGCCCAGGGACACUCAGGCAGGCGAGGAGGAAGUCACUGCCCCUCUCCCCCUCCCUCCUGCUCCAUCUCCCAGCCCCCAUGUGGAACCUGGCUGGGGGGAUCCCCCUGCAGGGCCCCCCCGCCGCCCUCCCCUGUGACCUCAGCUCAUCUCCAUGGACACAGCUCAAACACACGGAGCCAGCCAGCAGCACGCCGGGAGCCGUGGGGCCUGGGAAAACCUGGGAGCAGGGAAGUUUCACAGUUUGAUUGGGAUAUGGCAUCCAAAACAAAGAAGAGCAAGGAUGAGGAGGCACCCCAAGAAAGCAGUGAGACAGAGGACCCUGUCCGGGAGAGGAAGCUGUACCUGCAGGAGGAAUGCAGGAUCCUCACAGAACACCUGGACACCUACCUGGGAAGGGCGGAGCAGCUCCUGCAGGGCAGCAAACGCCUGGAGAAGGAAGCCCAGCGCACUCAGGAGCAGAGCCAGUCCUACCUGUGCUGCGGAGCAAAGCUCAGCCAGGACCCCCCGGGCAUGGUCAUCACCCUGAACGACCAGAACUGCCGAGACCUGGCCCAAAUCCAGGCGCAGAAGGAGGAGCUGGUGCCGCGCUACGCUGGCAAGGAGCAGGAGGUGCGGAGCGCCCUGGAGGACACGGAGGCCGAGGCCUCGCGCCUGGACACGGAGCUGGAGCAGCUGGAGCCCUACAAGGAGCAGAAGGUGCAGGCGGAGCAGAGGGUGAAGGCGCUGGAGAAGGAGCUGCGGGUGACCAGGAUCCGCUGUGCUGAGGAGACCCACGCCGUCAGGAGCAGGUUCCUGCAGGAAAAGGCCGACUGCGAGCAGGAGCUCCACCGGAGGAUGCAGCAGCUCACCUGGGGAGCGCAGGAGGUGGCACUGAAGGCUCUGAUCCAGCACGUGGAACAGGUGAAAGCUGAGAACAGGCUCCUGCGCCAUGAGCUGCUGGGGCUCCUCCAGCACUGCCAGCUCCUCAGGAACGCCAGGAUCCAGCUGCAGGACCAGCAGGAGCAGCUGCUCCGGGAGAACCGCUGCGCCCAGCUCUCGCCAGCGCGGCGCCGCAGGGACAGCCUGCCCUGCUUGCCCGUGAGGGCAGGCCACUGACCCCAAACCACCCCAAACCACCCCAAACCCUGGCCUGCAGGAACCAACAGGGAAGCAACCAAAGCCUUCUGGCUGUGGGAGCACUGAGGGCUUUGAGCUCUUGUCACAAGGAUCCAUCAAAUACAUUUAUUGACUAGAUCCAUACUGAUGUUCUCCCUCUGUCCCAGGGAGGAGGUAGCUGCCCCAGCCCUGGGAGGGCUCAAGGCCAGGGUGGGAUGGGGUUUGGAGUAGCCUGGUCUGGUGGAAGGUGUCCCUGCUCAUGGCACUGGGGUGAGACAGGGUGGAAUUUUCUGGAAUUUUCCAGAAUUCCAUGAAAUUAUGGUUCUCAGUGCAAAUGGCUCCUGUGGGAGAGACCUGUGCCCACAGCAGCAGCAGCUCUUGGGCUCUGCAGGAGGGAGGUCCCAGGGACCCUCCCCGGGAGCUCUGAUGCCACUGGGAACAGGUAGGAUGGAGCUGGAGCUCUGCUCCUGGCCCUGGCUGAGCUCCAGGUGUGAACUGGCAGACCAACAGAGGCUUUCCUGCUCAGUCCCCACGCAACUGCCAGGGAAAAGCCUGGUGAUCUACUCACACACACAAAAACCCUA